AACUGAGCGACGCGGUUCUAUUCUGCAUCGAUAUAAGACAUAUUCUCACCAUAAGGAAAUACGGAAGUGACGUUGAAAGAGGAAUUUUUAAACGGCUCUGAAAAGUGAAAGGGUCAGAAAGGUUUAUAAGCAUCCAGCAGCUACGCUUGAAUCAGUUCAGUUGAGUUUGACGUUCAGAAGAGCAACUUCGACUAAUCAUCUUCGAUGGCAGUUUUGGUGAAAACUUGUUGCUGUGGCUGCAGCCUCCGUAAAGGUGUUAUGAUUCUCGGAAUCUUUGGCCUGAUUGCAUCAGCUUAUUCAAUUUAUCAACAAAGUCAGUCCAUCAAAGUUUACAAGCAUAUAGAGGAGAACGCUGACGAAAUCAGCAAAGAUUUACCUUUCAGCAAAAAGCAUCUCUUGGUGAUCGUCAGAUUGGCUUAUGUUUCCCUGGUAUUCGGAGUCAUCUCACUGUUGGUGAACCUGUUGCUUCUGGGAUCCUGUAGCUCAGGUGACAAGCGUUUGGCAUUUCCUUGGCUUGGGUGGAGCAUAUUCCAGCUCUUUUUCAGUUUUGGAGUGGUGAUAUUUUACAUUGCCAUCUGGGAGGGGUUUGCCGCCUUCUUACUUAUCGCGAGCAUUGCAUGGUUGCUUUCGAUCUACUUCAUCGUGGUGGUGUAUUCGUACAUCGAAGCCCUUCGUGAAGAUCCUUCGGGAACGAGUGCAGGAUUUUCUCCCCCUCUGCCAGGCGGUAACCAAACCCAGAGGGCUGGAAUGGGACCCCCUCCAUACGCAGUAUCCCAGAAGGGCACCGUGUAAAUUCAGCAGAAGAUUGUGACUGUCCCAAGAGAUUACUGAUCACCGUUUUAAUUUAAAAUAAGUUAUUAGAGAGGCUAAAAAACUUGAACUGAGUAUAGCUGUAGAGAAUAUUUUACUCUGAUUUAAAGCGAGUAGGAGUAAGGGAUCGGUUAAUAUUUACCGUCUGGGGGUGGGUCAGAGGAGUUUGGUUGUGUCACAAUAAAAUUUAACCCCCUUCC